AUGAGGUUUGUGCUUCAGCUUUUAGCCAAAUAUUUGUGCGUAUUAUUUCACGCAGUCAAUCCAAGUUUUUCAUCGCCAGCGCUAGAAGUUCGAAAUGAAUCCUACGUAGUUCCUGCUGAGCCAAGGACAAAAACAGAAAUCAUAUCUCCAAAAGUGGAGAACUUCUUCAAUCCUUUGACUUGCUGGCCCAGAGGAAAUCAGAAAGCCAUGGCUUGCAAAGCUGGAGAACACAUCAACGAGACAUUGUGCCUAGAACACAAAUGUUGUGUUUCUUCCAGAAAAUUUAUUCAAUUAGACUGCUAUACUCCGUUUGAAGACCGCCCUCAACAGAUUUUGAGAAUAUUUGCUGUUGGCAUCGGAGGAAUGUUGGCUCUUGUCUGCCUUCCAUUUUGCUGUUUCAUAGUAGAGAGAAGCCCAUGUGCUAAUCCUUUGCGUCGCUCCCCCAAAGAAGAUGACACUGAAGAAGAAAGUGAGAGCAGUGAUGAGAGCAGCGAUAGCUAA